GGGACCUGAACAUGGCGGCGGUGGUAGCUGCUACGGCGCUGAAGGGCCGGGGGGCGAGAAAUGCCCGCGUCCUCCGGGGGAUUCUCUCAGGAGCCACAGCUAACAAGGCUUCCCAGAACAGGACCCGGGCACUGCAAAGCCACAGCUCCCCAGAGUGCAAGGAGGAGCCUGAGCCCCUAUCCCCUGAACUGGAAUACAUUCCCAGAAAGAGGGGCAAGAACCCAAUGAAAGCUGUGGGACUAGCCUGGGCCAUCGGCUUCCCCUGUGGUAUCCUCCUCUUCAUCCUCACCAAGCGGGAAGUGGACAAGGACCGUUUGAAGCAGAUGAAGGCUCGGCAGAACAUGCGGGCAUCCAACACGGGCGAGUAUGAGAGCCAGAGGUUCAGGGCCUCCUCCCAUCAUGCCCCGACUCCUGAAGCUGGGUCCGGGGUGCAGUGGUGAGGAACACUGCAACCCUCCCCUAGACUGUAUUGAUUGUGGCCUCCAGACUGUCAAGUCCUUUCUGGUCUUUGCCUCUGAGGCCCACCAGAGGGCGCAUGAAGCCCAGGCUGCUGCCAGCCCCAUCCCUCCCGAGAAACGAGCCAAAGGCAAAUAAAGUUACUGAGUGUUUGAGUGGAAAGGAA